AUGAAGUUUCUUAGUGCAGCUUCCACGGCCGCGUUGACUUGCAUCUUCCUUCUGGUACCCACUGCGCUCGGAGAUACUGUUCUUAAGUGUGGAAGCGGAGAAAUAUUUGAGCUGGAGGAAGCUGAAGAUUAUGCAAGCAAAGCUACACCCGAUGAAGUACUAGCCGGUGACCCGCUAAGCUCAAGCGGUGAAGUAAGGGGGGCAUAUCAUUUUUCAAGGACAACAAGACACAACGAAGAUGGUUACUACUUAGUCCAACUCGUUGGAACUCUCCCAUCAAUCGUACUUUAUGAAUAUGGUCAAUCAGGAUGGGAGUUCUGCUCCUUCGCCCUCCGUAGGCCAGAGUCGAUGUUGUAUGAAUGA